UAUGGCCAGUAAAUGCUGAUAAGGUUUCAUCUCGUCUCAAAGGUUGGGUCUGAAGCCUGCUCUUUUAUCUGCCAGUCCUGUAUAUGUGUUGUGUGAACAAGAACCCGACAGAACAAAGAACUCCUGAUGCUCCAUCUUUUCCUUUAACUGAUCCACAGAACAGGGACCAAUGGAUCUAAAACGGCUUGAAUUCUCACUGAAAACAGUUUUCUGUCUCCUGGUUGUGUUCACCGCCAACGCUUUCGUUCAAACCUUAUGCACAGCUCCAGACACAGUGAGCAUAAAAGAGAACAACGAUAUUGGUCAAACAGUCGCUACAUUAGCUCUGGAGGAUGGGGUGAGCGUCGUUAUCACAGACAACCCUCAUGAGGCUUUCAGCAUAAAUGGCAGUCUGCUGGUGGCAAUCAUAGUUCUGGACUUUGAGGCUCUUCCUGUUGAAGUUCUAUUUGUUGGGUUAGAAUGCAGAAAAGAAGGAGAGAAUUCAGUACCUAAACGUGUGACUGUGAUUGUGGAAAAUGUUAAUGACAAUCCUCCAGUGUUUGCACAGAGCCAAUAUGACCUGUCAGUUGAUGAGCUAACAAAUGUUGGUACAAGUAUCGGCAGAAUUGAGGCUACAGACCUCGACAAAGAUCAACUGUACUAUUGGCUUGAGUCUCCCAUGAAUGAAUUUGGGCUGCUGUCAGCCAUCAAUCCACAAAUUCAGGUGCAGACGAUUCUGGAUUAUGACACCACUCCAGAAGUCAAUAUGACGCUCUUUGUUCAGGAUACACCUUUAACAACAUCAGAGACACCAUCUCAUACUGCCUCAACCUCCGUCAAAGUCUUUGUCUUAGACAUCAAUAACCGACCACCGUGGUUCCAGCCAUGCACAGAGACCGCUAUUGGCUUCACCAAAGUCUGCCUCAGCUCUGGCUAUGAAGGGAAAGUCAACCUAAAUGAACUAGAGACUGGUGCUUUAACUCUUGAGCCUGGUCCAGUGCAUGCCAUUGAUGGAGACAAAGGCAGGAAUGAAGAAAUUGGCUACAGAAUUCUCGCAGGAAAUGAGAAUGAUAUCUUCAGUAUUGAUCAAAACACCGGCAGCAUUACAAUGCAGAAGGCAGUGAGUGUGGCAGGAUCAAUCGCACUGACAGUAAUGGCCUAUGAGGUGUUGACUCCAGACCAGCUUGCCACCACCACCGUCACAAUACACGUAGUCAUCAGCAGCCUCCACCCGCCACAGUUUGUCAAAUCCAGUUAUGAGGGCUUCAUCUCAGAAGACGCAGACGUGGGCAGCCUGGUGCUGGAAAGCAAGACUGGCAACAAACCCCUGCAAGUUCAGGCCACAGACGCAGACUUCAGUGAUGGAGUGAAUCCUGACAUUGUUUUUGAGGUUCAAGAUGGCAGUGACUUCAGAAUCACAGCAGAGGGCUUCAUACUCAUGACAAGUGCAGCUUCUGCAGGCACGAUUGAACUCAACAUACGUGUAGUUGAUACUACCAAUGAUGAAUUCGGCACAGCCUCUCUGUCUGUGGAAGUCACUCCAGGGGUCCCUACAACCACUACAGAAAUGCCCACCACAACCAUCCCUACCACUAUCAUAACCACAGACAUGAUCACAAGCCCUGCCGAAACCACAGACAUGAUCACAAGCCCUGCCAAAACCACAGACAUGAUCACAAGCCCUGCCACAGAUGUGGUUACACAUCUAACAGAGAGCUCCUCCAAUCCGGUUACCGUUACCACCUUCCCCAACAGUCCUCCCAGUCCUCAAACAGAAGCACUGCCCGGGCCGGGGGGAGACUUUAAGACGGAGGAUAUGGUGGCUCUGGGGGCCAGUCUGGCUGUAGUGCUACUCAUCUGCCUGGUGCUCAUCGGCCUGCUGGUGUACCGCCUCAAACAGCAAAAUGCAGACUGGAAGAAACUGUCUGAGGCCAGCAUCUUCCGCAGCAUGCUGACUGGGGGCCCAUCCGGGCCUAAAGACGGAGUGCAGUACACUAAUGAGGGCUUCCAGAAUGACAGAGAUGCAGACAGUGUGAGCUCCAAGCAGGCAGCGGAGUUGCCCCUGCCGUUGGGGCCGGCACUGAGCCGCAGUGUGCCACAACAGCCGGAGAAACAGAGCAGCACUCCAACUCUGCAGAGCAGAACCAGCGAUGACAGCGGCUCUCCUCCUGCAGACUCCAGCAGCCUGAGUGCCUCAGACAACACAGACAGUGAGAAGGAGGUGAAGCCUAUUCUCACCAAGGAACGGCGCGUGGAGGACGGCUACAAAGCGGUGUGGUUUAAGCAGGACAUCGAUCCCAAUGUCAAGGAAGAGGUGGUCAUCAUCCCCGACAGUGGAGAGAGGGAUGUUAGCCACGAUGAGGAGGAAGAUGAUGAGGAAGAUACAAACAUGUCCAUGUCCACACGGCGAAGAGGCUCAGACUCAGAUGAUGAUGACUUGUAGCCUCCUGAUGUGAGGGUGUUGCGGUAGCGGUGGUGGAGAACUGUCAGUCAGCACUGCACUCACACUCAUCAAACUAGUGUCUCACCAGCAAAACUUAUUUUGCUUAUUCUGGUGAAUCAUAGCUAAGAAGGGAAUAUAAUACAAGACGCAUUGCUCACACUUUUACACAGUUUUGACAGGAAUAAAUACAGUCAUGACAUUUUUAUGACGUUUGGUUAGGCUGCACAUAUAGUACUGUGCGAAAGACAGUGAACAUCCUUCAUUUAUUUAAUUAACAGUCAAAACAGCCAUUAUGUACAACUCAUUCAUUUUUUGGCUUCAGUAAAAAGCACAUGACAUACUUAACAGAAAAUUACACAGAAAUUUCAACAACUAAAUCUAAUAUAUUUUUUGUUUAGUAUUUAUUGUGUCCACACUUUGCCUUUAUUUCAGUGUCCAU